AAGAAAAGCAAAGGCAAGAAGGGAGAGAAGAAGCAGAAACACAGCAGCCGCAGAGAUGAAGGAGGUAAUCGUGCGUCAGGUGAGCAGGACGUUUGUCUGGAGAAGCAGCUGGAGCGCUUCGAGUGGCAGCUGAGGACGUUAAAGGAAGUGCUGUCGGCCAAUGGGAACCCGGAGAGGGCGGAGCUACUGAAGGAGCACGCCGAUGAAGAGGUGUGCGCCCUCGUCCUCAGCAUCCUCGAUAAGGUGAAAACGGAGACGACGGCGGAUUUGAACGUCCUGCAUGAACAGAAAAGUAAAGCUGCUACUGAAGAACACAAGAGAAACAUUGAAGAGCUGCAGACGAGACACGAACAAGAGAAAACUCAGCUGACAGAAACAUUUCAGGCUGCUGAAAACGUCCUGAAGGGUGAGGUGGAGGAACUGACUGCAGAGCUGCAGGUUUAUAACGAGCUGAAGCGGAGAGUCAAAGAAUCCACGUUUAAGAAGGACCUGCAGAGGAACAUCCAGGCCCAUGGCAGCCCAGGUGCAUUCUGGGAGUCCGAGCAGGAGUCUCUGCUGUUCGUCAUUGAGAUGAAGAGUGAGCGCGUGCAGGAGCAGAGCAGGAAGCUGCAGCAGAUGGACGCUCUGACGGAGAAGAACCUGGCGCUGGAGGAUCAGAUGGUCCACGUCCUGCAGCAGAACGAGGAUCUGAGGGUCCGGAUAGACAACUGCCAGACUCUGAUUCAGCAGUUAUCGAAGGAGCAGCAGGACCUGAAGGUGGCGCUGGAGAGGCAGGCAGUCAUCAACCAGAAGCUUUCUCAGGAAAAAGAGCAGCUGAUGUUCAAACUGCGACACAGAGACUCGUGUCCGACCAUCCACCUGGCCGCCAUGGUGCAGGAGAUCUCGCCCAGAUGACUCUGAACGCGUGGUCACUCGAUGUAGAUAGAAACCAGACUGUGUGCGCUCAGUAACCUGCUGGAGAGCAGCACUGCAGCGACUCUGCUGCGUGGACUUUAAACUGGAUCCUGUGUGUACAUACUGUAUCAGACUCUCCCAGGUAAAGGUCCGGCCACAAUGAUCGGUUGUGGUUGUCAGUUUAAGUUUUAUUUUUAAUUCUUUUACAGAUUAUUGUUCGUUACGACGGUUAAAUGGUCUGGAAAAGCCAUAAAAAGUUUUUUUAAAGGAAUUAUGAGAUGGUAAAACGCUAUCUAGCCGGUAACAUAGAAACAAAACUGAAUACUUACUGUUUCCUGAACUUACUCUUGUAAUCAUGGUAAUGCUAACAUGCUCCAAAAUGAGCCAGCUACAACAGUCUCCCAGGUUAGCUUGCUUAGCAGACUGUUGUAAAGUGUUGGGGUUGUCAGUUUAUAUUCUGUUUUUAAUUCUUUUCAUCAUUCAGUCAGUUUACUGACAGAUUAUUGUUCGUUAUGACGGUUAAAUGUUUUGAAAAUGCUGCAACUGAGACCAGUUUAGCCUUAAAGGUUUUAUGUUACAGAGACUGACGGAGCGGCAGCAUCCGAUGUGUUCGCUCACAACUGAAAGUCGCACUGUCAUUUGCCCAUUCUUGCAAAAUAGCUAGUUUCUAGCCAGAAACAUAAAAACACGACUGAAUAUUUUCUGUUUCUUCAAUUUCAGCCAGCUACAACAGUCUGCCAAGCUAGCUAGCGUGCUAACUGCCACUUACCUAUUUAGCUUGGAUGAAGAAGUUAGCGUAGUUUAUUCGAGAUGUAUUUGUACCAUCGACUGGCCGACUGCGGACUGUGUUGCAUCUUUUGCAGGGUUACAUAAAAUGUGAUGAUGCAACACAAAUAAUACUUUAGUUUAUAGUUUCUUCCUUCUAACUUUCUGACUCUUUGUUCACUCGAAUGUCUGAUUGCAAAUUCCCACGUCAGUUUGUUGACGUUUGCCAAAGUCAGGAACUCUGUAUUCACUUCACCUUUAUGCUGACUGUUUAUAUAAAUGCUGGUGUGAGCCGACCUUAGUAACUACGACCUGCUGGUCUGCUGAAGUGCCUGAGACUCAUAAUAACUGAUGAUGUCGACGUAAAGAUCUUCUGCUUCCCAAACUAACAUCCAUCAAACCCUGAGGAUUCGAACUAGCAGCUACCAGUCGUCACUCCACACCGACUCCUCGAUCUGUUUCUGUGUCGACGCCUUGGAGAAUAAUGGACUCAGAGUUUAAAAAGCUCUGAAACCGGAUGCUUGAGGCCCGAUUGUACCACAGUCCAGCUCCACCACGGGUUUUGAGAGUAAGUGCCUUGUUCGGUGGCACACAUUGUGUUGGUAGUUCAGGUCCGUGUUAUACAGCCUUCAAGUUUCAAGAAGCACUUAAGCUGAUUAAGAAAUUAUCUGUAUCCGUAUCUGGACUCUGUGGGAUUAAAAAAAGUUGGUAAUUUAAACCUGAAAUUGAUACGAGUUGAUCAGAAGUUACUUUAUUAGAAAACUAUUUUUACUUUUGGAACUGAGCUUCAGAGCGAUGUUUUUCUAGUUUAUUUGCAAGUAUAUUGACGCAUUUUACUUUUGUAAAAAGUUCAUUAUCUGUUCCGGAUACUCGUGUCGGCUCAACCUUACUCCGAAAGUUAGCUAUUGUUAGCAAGGUUACGCUACCUGGCUAGCUAGCAAGCAGUUGGUCAACUAAAAUUAUUCACAAAUUUUUCACAUCAAUGUUUCAUCGCAACAUUGUUCAUAACUUAAAUGUCACGUUCGAGGUGAAUAACACUGACCAACACUAAUGGCCACAAGGCGCCCACCGUCCUGUCGUAAGCAGGUUUUGGAUCUAGACCAGCAAAGUGUGUUCUGGUUCGAGAUUAGACUUUUAAACCAGACUAUAGUGAUACAUCAACCUCUCAGGUUUCAGAUUGUAAACUUGAACCUUUUAAAGGUUAGUCUUGAACUUGGACUUCGUGCUAGAGAGUUAAAGCUACGUCAACCCUGCAGACGAACACUGAAACUGAAGUCGGACUGUACCGCUCCCUCAGUAAAUCUAAACCUGACCAACCUGAUGCCAAAUCAGUUUGUGUUCACUGCUUCUGGUAUCUGCUCAUUUCUGUUUGCGUGCCUCACAAACGCUUCUUAAUUUUUCUUACAGUUGGCUGACAGUUUUUUAAAGUAGAGCUCUGUUAAGUGCUGCUGUUGGGGGACGACACUACUUCUCUUAGUGUCUGAUUCAGUGUUCAGGAGCUGACUAACAAAACACAUUGAGCCCUUUUUAUUUUCGGGUUUUGGAAAUGUUUUUUAUGAGCCUCAGAAUCAAAACAUUUUCUCAACACACAAUGGACUGUUUUUAGUUUCAUUCAAUAAAAAUGUACAACUAGAAAAAGAAAUCUUGUUUGUGUGUUUUUAGCAUGCUAGCAUCUUGGAGUGAAACCUCGUGACAACCUGUACAUUUGUACAUUUGUUCAUUUGUUCCAAACUUUACCACAGGAGAUUAAUCCUCACAGUUUCAGUGUCUCCUGAUUUUCAUCACUACAAAAACUUUAGCACAUACCUCUAGAACAAAUGGCAGAAUCCCUGUGAGAUGAAUGCUAACAGUAAAAAUCUAACUUUCUAAAAUACUGUUAACAGUUUAGAAGCAUGUUAACAUGGCGAUAAAUACUGCUGUCAUCCAUUAGUUUAAAAAUGCUAUGAAACUGUCUGAAAAAGCAUUUUAUUCUCCAGCGAGGGUUGAAUCGUAUGAUGUGACUCAGCUAACGUGAUGAAACCGAUAGCAACUGAAUACACAGCCUCAUUAUGGUCUGCGGGUUUACUGUCCGAGGUUUCCAUUGUCUCAUGUUCAUACAUCCAGAGCUACAGAACAAUAAUCACUGUGUACGUCUUGUCUUUUAAAAGCUUGAUAACUGUCAGUUUGGGAUUUAUUGUGUUAAAGAUGUGAAAAAUAUUUUUCUUUUUGUUAAUGGGACGAUUGAUUUAUUGGAUAUAAUCUUUUGUAUUGCCAAAACCAACAUGUGUCAGUGUUUGUCUCCUUAUGCACCAGCACUUUGACGUAAUGUACCAGAGUUUGUAUCAGAGACAUUGUUCCAUGUUGUAUAGUUUUAAUUUUCUCUUUUUCUUCUGAUGUAUUAAAACUUAUUUCAUCUUU